UGUUGCCAACGGCCAAGUCGACAACCAGCCACACCAAAGGCGAAACGGCAGCGCAGAGCAGAGCCCCCUGCUUUUCCGCCUCCGCCACCGCGCCCAUGGCAGGCGGCCGCGGCCGUGGCCGCGGCGACGGAAGGAACCCGGCGACCUCCUCCUCCUCCUCCUCCUCCCGGCAGCGGAAGGCCCGGGGCUCGCGCGACUUCGGUCCUGAAACUGAAAGGUCCUUGGAACCUCAAAAGGAAGGGCCAAGUUCAUCUUCUCCCUCUGUUAGCAGUAAAAAACCGCAGAUGGUUACACCAGUUCUACCAAAGUCUCUAGAUUCACCAGUUCAACCAAGAAAGCCUCUCAAUUCACCGCUGAUGAUGGCUAAACAAGUUCAUCCACCGAAAUCUCAAUAUCCACUGGUCCAAACGGUUGCAUCGAUUCAAAUAUCAAAACCUCUAAACUCCAGUAGUGCUUCAUGUGGCUCUGGAACUGUGGGGUCUCUAGAUUCACCAGUUCAACCAUGGAAGUCUCUCGAUUCACCGCUGAUGAUGGCUGAACAAGUUCAACCACCGAAAUCUCAAGAUUCACUGGUCCAAAUGGUUGCAUCGAUGCAACUAUCGAAACCUCUAGACUCCAGUAGCGCUUCAACUGGCUCUGGAGCUGUGGGGUCUGAUUUAGGAGCUGCUCCAUUUGACAUAUGCAUGGGUAACAGCAAAGGCAUUUUCAAGCUAAAUCGCCCUUUGCAUGAGAUCAACAAAGAAAAACGGCUGCGCGAAAGGGAGCUUUCAAACAGUGCAGCUCCGCCGCAACGUUUGAGACCUGGGAUGGUUCUACUGAAAAACUUCUUAAAGCUGGAUGAUCAGGUUGAAAUUAUCAAGCUUUGUCGGGAACUUGGUGUUGGCACAGGAGGAUUUUAUCAACCUGGCUACAGAGAGGGUGGUAAGUUAAGUCUGCGGAUGAUGUGCUUAGGGAAGAACUGGGAUCCAGAUUCAAGAUCAUAUGGAGAUAUACGACCCUUUGAUGGGGCUCAACCACCACAGAUGCCACAAGAAUUGACUAAGUUCGUGGAAGAAGCCAUUAAAGCUUCCCAUGAUUUCUUGAAACAAAGAGGCAAGGGAGCUACCGAGCCCUCUGUAGAACUUCCUCAGAUGUCACCUGACAUCUGCAUUGUUAACUUCUACACCACUGGCGGGAAGUUAGGUCUUCAUCAGGACAAAGAUGAAGAUGAAUCUAGCCUUGAAAAGAGACUGCCUGUUGUUUCCUUUUCAUUGGGCGACACUGCAGAAUUCUUGUAUGGUGAUGACAGAGAUGUUGAUAAGGCUUCAAAGAUUAAACUUGAAUCUGGUGAUGUUCUGAUAUUUGGUGGUCAAUCAAGGCUCAUAUUCCAUGGGGUCUCCGGCAUUAUGCCGAAAAGUGCACCGCUUAUGGUGACCGACAAGGCAAAUCUUCGACCCGGGCGCCUGAACCUCACAUUCAGGCAGCAUAAGUAUGAGCCCUAGGGCGAUAGGGCAUGCUGCAUUCAGGGUCUCCUUUUAGACAUAGUGCAAGCAGAGGGGAGGGUACUCUCUCAUGUUCUAUUUAAGUUCCCUGUUAGCAAAUGUUUGCAAGAACCCUUAUCUAUUUGAAAAACUUAUUAUGUGUGUUUA